AUGUUGGAGAUCCCAGCUGAGCUGUCGGCCAGACUACGCAGCGCAGCAGGUGAGUACGAGCAGUGCUGGGAUUGGUGGAGAUGGGUUGAGGGCAGCUGGGAUUGGCUAAAACAUGUAUGUAGAUAAUAAUGCUAAUAUUUUGAUCUGUAAACACAGCAGUGGCAGGUAAAGGGUAUACUGUUCCUGGAUUGGACCCAGGACUGCCAUUAUUCUCUGGGGUCUUUUCUCUGUGUGUGAUUGUAAUUAUGUGUCCUUGCACCAGGGCGGCAGCAUGUCUCUGGGGUAACAGAGGUGGCGCCUCCACAGGUGAAAGCAGAACACACCCUCACCAUGCCCCUCGAUAUAGACUGCUACCCCUUCUCACGAUAUGCCAAAACUACACUGAAGGAUGGCUGGUGUCAGCCACAGGGCUACUCCCUCCAGCGACCUCUGACCUAUCUGGAGCCUGAGGACGCUUGCAUCGCUCUGGAGAUCUACAAACUGGUCAGUACUACACACACACACACACACACACACACACACACACACACACAAUAUCUCAUCUCUUUAACCCUUGUGUCUCUCCCCAGAUCCUGCGCUUUGCAGGGGAAAGUGAUCUGAGUGGCUGGCAGGAGCAGCUGUUGGGAAACUACAUCGUGGAGCAGGGCCUUACCAGACCCCCCCUGAGGGAUGAGAUCCUAGCCCAGAUAGCCUACACCACCUGGGGCAGGGAGUCAGAGGAGGGGUCCCUACGGAGCUGGUUGUUACUAGCCUGCUGCCUCAGUGCCUUCACCCCCUCCCCAGCCCUUGACAAACCCUUGCUCAAGUAAGUAGCUCAGUAGGCAAAAUCUGUUUUAAAGACGUAUUUUUUGUAAUUAUUGAAAAAUUGUGUUGUGUAGGGAUCGAGAUUUUUUGAAAUGUUUUUCUACACUACUUUUUAGCGACCAUAAAAAUAUGUCCUCUCUUUGUCAACCAUAUUUGGUUCUUUGAUUUUGUCUUACAUGUGCAGGCAUGUAAGUCUGUGUUUCUCUGUCUCACCUGUGGACAGGUAUGUGUCUGACAAGGGUCCAGGUGAAUAUCGUUCUCUGUGCCAGCACAAACUCCUCACCUCCCUCCAUCUACCCUCCCCCACCUCCCGCCUCCAUCCCCCCUCCCAGCUUGAGUGGACAACCAAUCAGAGGAGAGGAAAGAUGGUGUUGGACAUACACACCUUCAACGGUGAGAGAAAUAGGGGGGUUAUAACAUGUAUAAGUCAUCUCUAUGUCAUGUCUGUCACUUUUUCUUUCUUAUGUUGUGGUUCCAUUUGCUCAGUGUAAUUAUGAUAUUUCACUUGGUUGGAGUGUUGGUGUUUGCAGCACCAGGGUUGUAAGUUUCAUUCCCUCGCUUUCUAUCUCUUCCAGAGGAAAAGAUUACAGCUGAGGUAGAGUCCUGGACCACAGGAGAGCAGCUGGCCUCAUGGCUGCUCCACUUCAGAGGGUUAUCUGACACUCCUCGGGGCUGGUCUGUGUCUCUGCUAGCUGAUGAGGGCUGGUCUGAUCUGGCUGGAUGUGACUUUGUCAUGGACCUGUUGGCUGGAGCAGAGACUGAUACAACACUGGGGACUGCACACACACACUCUGACUACCUGUUCAACAACGAGGGAAACCGGUGAGACUGGGGGGCACACACACAGAUAUGCACGCGCACGUAUGCAUUACAUGCACACACACACACACACACACACACACACAGGACCCCAACUUCACUCUCCCUCUCUCUUGCCAUUAGGAGGAUGACAACAGAUCUCGAUGGGUUCAUCCCCCCGGCCCCCUCCAUGCAGGCCCCUGGUCUCCCCCAGCAGGAAGGGGCCCCAUGGGAUCGCAGCGACUACCAGCCAUCAGAGGGUUCUCGUGGUCGUCAGAUGGAUGCCUAUCUGGAUGACCUCUUUGACCCAGUGCUGGACCAGGGACCAGGGGUCAGUGUUUUACCUGAGACAUACUUUUCCACAGCACCAUUCAACGUUAUAUCUAAUAGGAUGUGCUCUGUAACUGUCUUUACCUGUGAUUAUCUGUUACUGGUUGGAUUGUGUCUUCUGUUCCUUUGUCUUGGAUACAAGGCAAGGCCAGGGAUUGGGUAACUACAAUUUUGUUUAUCGUAUUACUGUAUGUGAUGUGUAGAUUGCAUAACAAAACGUUCUGCUGUUGUGUGUACUGUAUUACGUGUGUGUGUGUAGGACCGGGAGCGUAUGGCCAUGUUGAACAGGAGGAUGAGAGGAGGAGGAGGGAUGUAUGGAGCAGGUACUUUAUCUCUCUCUCUCUCUCUCUCUCUCUCUCUCUCUCUCUCUCUCUCUCUCUCUCUCUCUCUCUCUCUCUCUCUCUCUCUCUCUCUCUCUCUCUCUCUCUCUCUCUCUCUCUCUCUCUCUCUCUCUCUCUCUCUCUCUCUCUCUCUCCGUUUCUCUCAUUAUUAGGGCAAUGGGUUUUCAUUUUAAUGUUAAAUACAAUACCUGUGUUGCAGGUGUUCCAAUGACAAUGCCAGGUUAUUCUAUGGGUAAGUGAGGGGAGCAAUUUAAUUACACAAACAUUCUAAUCAUGCUUUAAAUAUUUUUCAUUCAGUCAUUUAUUUUUCUCUAUCCUGCACUAUUUUCCCACUAUUCUUCCUACAUUUCCAAAAUGUCCCAUCUUUUUUUGCCUCAGGAAUGCCUAUGAACCCUGCCAUGCAAGGCUACGGGGCUCAGAUGAUGCCAAGUAUGAUGCCAGCUGCUCCCAUGCCUAUGAUGCCAACCAUGAUGAUGCCCCAGCCAGCUGCACCAGCCGUGGACCCCCAGCAGAUAGCAGUGCAGCAGCAGGCUUUCAUCAACCAACAGGCCCUGCUCAUGGUAAGGACUGGGAGACACUGGGGGAAAACUGGGAACCCACAUGCCAGGGAAAACAAACCCACCAUAACCCUAUCCUUGUUCAACAGUUCUUAUGAUAUCACCACUUCUGUUCUAACAUGACCACCUAGUGACUGCCCUUCCUCUCUCUCCAUCCCUCUCUCUUUCUCCUCUCGCCCUCCCCUUCUAGGCCCAGCAGAUGACAAUGCAGGCCAUGACUAUGUCCCAGCAGCAGGCUCAGGAGCAGCAGCAGAGACAGCAGCAGAGACAGGAGCAGCAGCAGAGACAGGAGCAGAGACAGGAGCAGCAGGAGAGACAGCAGCAGAGGCGCCAGGCUAACCGAACUGUCACACCCCCCCCGCGCCCCAUCACCGCCACCCCCACCCCCACCCCCGGCACACACAAAUCCCCCCGCCCCAUCACCACUAUGCACUCCCAGCCAGAUGAAACCACAGCCACAGAUACAGCACCAUAUACCUGAGGUGUGUGGGAGGGAGGGAGGGGUGUGUUUGUUUGCUGCUCUGAUUGAUUAGUGUCCUUUAUGUACUUAGCCAUUGCAAAAAUGUGUAAUUUAAUUACAAAAGAAACCCAUUAAACAACAUUAACUUGCAAGCAGACUCAGAUGUAAUCAAAUCAAAUAAAUGUGUAUUUGUCACAUGCUUCAUAAACAACAGGUGUGGACUAACAGUGAAAUGCUUACUUAUCUGUAUCAUGUUUUAUGUGUAUAUCUGCUUUUCCAGCCGGAGAAGGAUGUGGACUUUGCCAGUCCAGACCAGCGCAAGUCUUUCAAUGAGAAGAGAGCGUUUUUCCAGAAGAUUGGUGAGUAGAGCUAAAUAAACCUACCAGAUACCUAUUCAACAUCUGAGAAUCUGAUGUUGAGAGUCUUGUCUUGAUUAACAACCAUCUGCCUGUGCUCUCAUUCACUCUGUCAGGUUCUCAGCCCAAGCCAGCAGCCAAACCGUUAAAGCCUCGCCCUGCUCCCAUCAGCCCCCCCAAACAGACCCGUUCCCGCUCCCCCUCCCCACCCCCAGCCCCCAGGACUUUGCAACCUCCCCCCUCUCCUCCUGCCAGAGACCCAGCCCCCCCCAGCCCCCCUGCCUCCCCGCCCCCGCCCACCACCAGCAUCCGUGACAUCAUCAAACAAUACCAGAGCCGCCCUGCCAGUGAUCCCAAACCCUACGAGCCCGUCAGGUCAGUGGGACAGUGGAUCCAUUUAAUUUCUCUCUAUUGGGUCUUGUACCAUCUAUGUACCAUAUACCAUCAACUUCCCCCUUGUCUCGCUCCUCUCCAGGGUUCCAGGCCUGUCGUUUGUGAAGAAGAAUGAUCCUAAAGAGGAGGCCUUGGCAAUCCUCAUGAAUAAAGGACCUGUACAACAGCAGAAGGUUAGAGCUUGGCUGGGGUUUACAAAGGGCCAGGAACACAAACUAGAAAUUCAUUCAUUCAUAAUUAAAGCCUCUAGUCUUACACUUCUCUCUCUUCUUCUCUCCUCUCCUCCCCUCCAGAGAAAGUGGGCCCCCCCCUCCCCCAGUCCAGAGGGAGCCCCCCCAAGCAUGGCAACCCUCUCCUCCUUCCACCAGAGGGCCUCGCUCAAUCUCCAACAGCAUGAAGCAGAAACAGCGUUCCCUGGCCGACCUCUUUGGCACACAGGGUCGUUCCAAGAACCUUCCGCUUGCUCCCCCAGAGUCCGCCCCUCCUUCUCCCCCAGCCAUCUAUGAAAGCUUGCCAGACCCUCCUGCCAAGGCUGCCCCCACACUCAGUAAGUACAACUACUUGAAAUGCAGGUGUUAAGGUACAGUAAAGGUACACAUGUUUGUGUUUACACUGUUUGCACUGCCUGUCCAGCCAUAGCCUCAGAUACACAUUCAUAACUCAUAUACUACAGUAAAAACUCCACAGAGAAGUAAAGUAACUCAUAUUGUUUGUGUUUGUCCUCCAUAGAUCUGCUGUCUAGGGAGGAGAGUGUUCGCUCACAGUUCCACAGGUUCUCUGCCAGCGUCUACUUUUCCUACUCUGCCAUGCCUGGCAAACUGUUCCUACGCAAAGAGGUGAGCUGGAACAGCAGGCGAGAACAUUAGAAUUGUCUGUAUUAUUCUACAUGUAAUGUGUUUGCAUUGUAGGUGAAUCCCUAUAAUCCCUCUGUGUGUGUUCAGGUAUUUUACCCCAGAGAGAGGUUCAACCACCCCUACAUCCUCAAACUCCUUUGUGAGCAGGUCAGUACUGGUUAUUUCCCUGUGGCCCUUUUUAUUCACUGGCUUAUACAUAUCACACCGUAUAUUACUAUAAAUCCAUGUUUAUGUUUCCCUUUCAGAUCAUGAGAGACACAUACUCUGACACCUGUGUGAGGAUCACCAGAGAGGAUAGGAGAAAAAUGAAGGAUUUACUAGGUGAGUCUAUUUGUCUUUUUUACCAGGUGAGUCAGUUGGUGGGUCCAGGUAAAAAUGAGUGUUCUGAUCCUCCAUUCUACUUUUUCCUUACGUUCUACCCCUACCUCCAUCUCUCUCCAGCCAGUUUCCAUGUGGGCACCAAUAUCAGCUCGGUUCAGGACGACACCAUGAAGAAGAGGAUAGUGAUGGCUGCCAGAGACAACUGGGAAAACUACUUCACACGACUGUUCCCUGUCAAAGUGAGUUAGCUUUCUCUCUCUCACUCUCUCUCUCUGACAGACAGACAGACUGACAGACAUACACACACUCAUCUCCCCUGUGUGUGUGUGUUGUAGGGUGGUACCAGCGGGGACACCCAGCUGUUGGGCGUGUCUCAUCGUGGGAUUCGUCUGAUGAAGGUGGCCAGAGCAUCAGGCAUAAACCCCAAACACCUGCGCCUGCUCCGCAGCUACAGGUACGCCUCAUCUUCAAUCACAAAACCUAAAUUAGAAUACAAAUACUUCUGAACUUUAGCCUUUGAAUUAUUAAGUGAGAAUAUACAUCUAGUGUGUGUGUGCAUGUCCGUAUAUGUUCUCCCUGUGUGUGUACCAUACGUGCUGUGGUUUUCUCUAUGUAGCUAUGCAGAGCUGCUGUCGGUGGAACUGCGGUCUGCAGACAUAGUGGAAUUCAGUCUAAAGGGAGAACAGCUGCAGCUGCAGAGCAACAGGGCUGCACAGAUUACUGCCAUGGUCAGCGUGUUCCACCAAGAACUCAUCAAUGUAACCACCCUCCUCUUCUUCAUCUUAUAUCAUACAAAUAAUUGUAUACAUAUAUUUCCUGGUACACUAAAUCUUACUGUGUAUAUUAUCUUUGUUGUGUCUAACAUCCUAUCAAACCUUCUCAGGGCUCGGAUCAUAUGAUUGCUCUGAAGAGCUUUGUGACCGACGACAAGAGCCUGCUCAACUUCCGCAAGGGUGACAUCAUCAAACUGCUGCCCAUGGAUGGCCUCCAGCCAGGUGAGGUCAUCACACUGACCUUUGACCUCUCCUUCUCUUUUUCUCUCUGUCUCUCUCUUUCCCCACUCUUUCUCUCUCUCUCUUUCUCUCCCGCUCUCUCUCUCUGUGACUGUCCUAACCCUGCACUCUUCUUCUCUCUCAGGUUGGUGUUUCGGUUCCAUUGGGGGGCGCUCCGGUCUCUUCCCCAUCGAUGUCACUCAGCCGUCUGCCCCUCCUGACUACCACCACGUCCACCUUGACCGCCUCGACGAGAGGAGGAAGAGCAUGAGAGCUCCCAAGCCCCCCGCUGCCACCAGACCCCCAGCUUCCAGGCGCACUCUCCACACCGGCUCAGCACCGCCCAACCGAGAGGGCUCCAUGCUGGGGUCAGCUCAUACGGUCAAAUUAUCGGUCCAGGGCUCGGUCCAGGACGGUGAGAUGAGGGAGGUGCAGACGUUCCUGAUGACAGAGUUUGCCAUGAAACACUUCAGAGACACUGCUACCAGGUGAGAAGGGUAACAAGGUUAUACAAUGUAUGUAAUCCUAUAUUUUCCUGAGUGUAACAACUGUCUUCCAUAACUACAUAUACUUACCUCUCUUUCUCCUUAUGUACUUUCUCUCGGACUCUCUCUUCCUUGCUCCAUCUCUCUCCCUCUUUCAUAAUCACCCCUCCUUCGUUUUUCUCCCUUUGUCUCUCUAUCACAGAAUGGAGGUUAGAGGUCUGCCUAAUGGAGGUAGAAACUUCUCAGAGAUUCUUCAGCACACAGAGGUUCCUAUUCAGGAAUCCCUCAUCCUGUACAAUGAUCCUGAGCUCAAUGGCCUGGCUGUCCAGGCCUUCCUGAGUGAGUCCACAUACUCACACACACACAGUCCCACACACACACACACAUGCACACCAGUGGAGGCUGCUGAUUGGAGGACUGCUCAUAAUAAUGGAUUGAACGGAGCGAAUGGAAUGGCAUCAAACACACGGAAACCAUGUGUUUGAUGUUGUUAAUACCAUUCCACUGAUUCCGCUCCAGCCAUUACCACGUGCCCGUCCUCCCCAAUUAAGGUGCCACCAACGUCCUGUGACGCACACACACACUAUUUAUGUGUACAUUGCAUCUCUUCAUCUCAAUUUUCCCCUUUCCCACUUCUCUUUCGCUCUCUGAAGGUUUAAUGCAGUUCAUGGGAGACCAGCCUCUCGGGAAGCACAAGUCUGAGGGAGACUGUGUCAGACAUGUCUUGAUGGUGAGUCUCUCCCAUUACAUACACAUAGCUCACACACAAACACCAUCGCUCACCUUACACUCCUUAUGAGGAUACAGCUGCUUGAAUGGAAUCAUGUAGUAAUGUCUAUCCAUUGUGUUUGUGUGUUCAGUUAGGGAAAGAGAAGGAGUUCCUGAGAGAUGAGAUUUACUGCCAGUUGAUCAAACAGACCACAAACAACACACACAGGUGAGUAGCUGGCAGAUUGUGUAUAAACCUUUACCUGUGAAUAGUGUACAGAGGGUCAAUUCCUAACUUGUGUGUGUUAUACAGGGAGAGCUGUACCCGAGGUUGGCGUCUGUUGAACCUGGUAGCAGGGUUCUUCCCCUGCUCUGGCACUCUGAACCGCUACGUCACAUGCCUUCUACAAAACAUCAGCCAAGACCCCACACACCUCUACCAAGGUACACACACACACACACAGCCCUGCACCCCUCACACAUUGGCCAUGCCCCCAAAGAGAUCCCUUAAAACGUGUAUCUGCAUCUGUUACCCCAGAGCUUUUCUGUAUCUAAUGCAAUUAUGUCUAUCCUCUAUCUCAGAGCUGUCUCAAAACUGUAAGGACAAUCUGUUCCAGUCUCUGAUCCACGGAGGGCGCAGACACAUCCCCUCUCACGCAGAGAUGGAAGCCAUACUGGUAAGACAUGGAUCCACAUGAGUGUGGAAAUCUUUUUUAAUGUAAGAUAAGCAGUACAGCUAUCGCUGUGUGUGUGUUGUUCUCUGCAGGCUGGCAGACAUUCUCGUCGGUUCCCCAUCAAGCUGCCAGGUGGAGUGGAGUUCCUCUGUAAGAUACGCAGCUUCAGCGUAAGUCAAGUCUCCUUCACUUUACUUUUCUACUUUCCCCUCCUCCCUUUAAUUAUCAUUAUGAUAAAGAUUGACUCUUUGUACCCAGGUCGCUCUGGAGGUGGUGGAAGAGCUGUGUACAGAGAUGGGCAUCCAGGACCCGUCAGAAGUUAAGGAGUUCUCUAUCCAUGCCAGCCGGGACAAGGGUAGGUGGACAAACAGACAUGCUAUAGCUAUUAACCCAAAUUACUCCCCAAAACCGUUUACCUGCAAUGCACAAAAGGUUAAUAAAUAUGAAUUGUGUGACAGCAAAACUAAGAAAAUCAUAGAGGUUUUGUAUGACUGUCUCUCUUCUUCUCUUUUCAUCCCUUCCUUAUCACUACCUCCCUCCUGCCUCUCUUCUUCCUCUCCUCCAUCAGAUGAGCUGGUGCGGCCUCUCCACCCUGAUGAGUACCUGUUUGACUUCCUAUUGGAUGAUGGCUCCAUCUUCCUGUCCUUCCACCGUGUCAUGUGGACACACCCACUUCACUUCGACAACGACCUCUACCUGGAGUUCCACUUCCAACAGGUACCAUUGUAACGACCCCUAGAGUUCUGUUAUAACCAUUGAAACCACCUUGAGUUAUGUCAGGCCCUAGUGACAACCCUUCUGUCCCUGUAGAUGAAUUAACACCAUCUGUCCCUCCCUGUCUGUUGCCUGCAGGUCCUGGGUAACUACCUGGAUGGCAAACUGCUGCUGCCAGGCAGUGGUGCCAAUGUCGUCCAGCAGAUGGCAGAGCUGGCUGUCCUGCAGCACCUGGCACAGGGCCUCACUCAAGAGCCAUCUGUGUGAGUACUACCCUUAACCCCUAUACCCUAACCCCUAGCCUUUAGCCCCUACACUCUGCAGCACCUGGCCCAGUGCCUCACUCAGCAGCUCUGUUGUUUUCAGACCGGACAUAAGUGAUUAUUCUCUCUGUCCUAUGUUAAGAGUGAUAGAGUUACUGAUAGUUGUCUCUCUCUUCUGUCCCUGUCAGGCCUGAACUGAAGGAGUACCUCCCCCGACAGGAAGGGGGCAGCACCAACCUGGAGCAGAUCCAAUCGAUCUCCUUCAGAGAGAUGACCGCCAAGCUGUCCCUCAGCCCCCACGACGCCAAAUCCCGCUUCCUCGGUGAGGCACACACACACACAGCACACACACAGCACACACACAGCACACACACACUUUUAUUUUCGCCUUGGUUGCUGUGAUGAACUUUGUGAUAAAUGUAUUUGUAAAUAGAUAAUGCAUUAUAGAUACAGUAUCUAUAAUGCUGUAUGAAUAGAAUUGUAUUGAUUGAUUUGCUCCCUCUAUCCCCAGAAUGCCUGAGCUCCCUGCCUCUGUUCGGCUCUAAUAUCUUCCUGGCUCAGAAGGUCAGCCAUCGCAGCUGCCCCUCGCCUUGCCUGGUGGCUGUCAACCAAGAAGGGGUGUUGUUCUGCCAUCCCAAUAUGCAGGUACUGCAUUUACACCCAAAAACACCACUAUGUUUGGGACACCCCAAACAUAGGAAAUGCAGGCACCGUGUUUCCCUAAAAAAGGGUGAACUGAUCGAUCAUGACUGAUUAUAUGGAUCUAUGGCUUUUAUAGAUGUCUGCUAUUAUUAAUUAUUUAUUAUAAUUUUCCUGUGUUAUUCAGGAGCCGAUAUUUGUGAUCCCAUUGGUGGAAGUGCAGUCACUGCGCUCAGUUAAACCAAAGAAAGACAAGAAGGUGCCUGGAGUGGAGAUCAACUAUGGCAACCCAGGACUCCUAAAAACCAUCACCAUCCACCUCAAACAGGUGAAGUACAAUACACAGCAGUGAACGACGGGGCCACCAACCCCCGGUUCUGUGUACAGCUAGAACAAAAAGCUGAACACCCCGUAGCUUUCCAGGAACAAAGGUUGGUGACCAAUGGUGGAUGGGUUUGUUCUUUAGUGUCCGUAAAGUGUAAGGUUACACAGUGAAAGGGAUAUGGUCACUAAGGGCAAUGCACAUUACACACACAUGCUACAUGGGGGAUAAGAUUUCAAGAAGACACAUAAACCGUCAUUGCUUGGCUACGCUCAGAGGCGUCAUGCGAAUAAGGGGGCACGUGCUCCUUCAGAUUUGUCAUGUCAUCUUUUUUUAUUGUUGUUUCUCUGUAAUACUACUAGCCACCUAGCAAUUUUAUGAAGUUGGCUUUAGCUAGCCUUAAUAGGUUCCCAAACUCAUAACUAGCUACCAAGAUAUUUCAGGCUAUCAAUCAACUUAGAGUAGCUAGCUUGUCUAACUAUCUUAGCAACCAAUUACUAAAUGUACUGAAUCUGACUCACAAUCCUUUCAAGAUUUUACCCAGAUUUUAGCAGAGAUGCAGAGAAGCAUAUUUAGUUUAUUUAAAAGGAUUGCCACCAACCAGGAGGAUACAGACAGCUCAAGAGGAAUGUUUAGAUAUGCAGAAGAAUAAACAUAUAUUUUUUUUUACAUAGAAUUAAGCAUAAUGAUUAUGGCUCUAGAUUGCAGGAAAAAGCUGCUUCGGGUGUUUGAAAAAUGCAAAAUUCUCAAAUUUACGGACCUAGCCCCCCUCUGGAACACCCCCCAGCCAUCCUCACAUACUUUGUGCCCCGUCAGAUUUUGAGGUGCAUGACGCCCCUGGCUACACUGAUACCUUUAGUCAAAGCAACUUCCGCAAUAGUCAACUGAUGGGAAAUUGAAAUAAUGUAUUCAAAUAAAGUGAAUUGCUCAAAGGCAUGACAAAACUAUGCAAUACAGUACUGUCAUUGAUAAAGUCUGCAUUUCAUUAAUGUAUGUGUGUGUGUGUCCUCUGCCCUACAGGCCAAGAAGCUGUGCCACAUCCUUGCUGUCAUCAUGGAGGAGCUGGUGAGACCACCCAUCAAUAGCUCUGUCUCCAGCCACAACCACUAGACACACACACACACACACAC